AUGGCACAGAAUUCGAGAAAACAGAAAGUAGUGAUCGUCGGAGCAGGACCAGUUGGAUCUCUGGCGGCUCUCUAUGCAGCCAGCAGAGGCGAAGAUGUCGAACUGUACGAGUUGCGGGGGGACCUUCGUGACCCUGCUACUAUCCCAUUAAACUUUACCAAGUCCAUCAAUCUCGCACUCUCCGAGCGUGGUAUCAUGGCCAUGCGGCAAUCAAAUCGCGCCGAAUUAAUCCAGAAUGUCCUCCAGCAAGCAAUUCCGAUGCAUGGCCGGAUGAUCCAUGGCAGAGAUAAUGGGCAACUUUGGGAAGUUUCGCAGCAAUACGAUGUCCAUGGCCGGGCCAUCAAUUCAGUGGACCGAGGAACUCUGAACAACGCACUCCUCGAUGAAUUAGAACGCACGCCAAACGUCAAGCUAUUCUUCAAUCACAAGUUGACGGGCGCUGACUUCCGCACCAACAAGGCAUGGUUUGAACGUCGAGUCCCCGGAGAAACACCUCCGUCAGGUUCUGGCAACCGUGUGCCCGAAAUCGAAGUGGAAUUCGACUAUCUGAUUGGGGCAGAUGGCGCUCAUUCGGCAUCGAGGUACCACAUGAUGAAGUUUGCUCGCGUAGACUACCAGCAGGAAUACAUCGACACCCUAUGGUGUGAAUUCCGCAUCCCACCCACCGGUACCGGCGAUUUCCGCAUCUCCCCUAACCAUCUGCAUAUCUGGCCCGGGAAGGAGUUCAUGUUCAUCGCGCUGCCGUCGGCCGACAAAUCAUUCAUAUGCACGCUCUUCGCCCCUGCCUCCCACUUUGAACAGUUGACAGACUCCUCGGAAAGUUUACUUGAAUUCUUCGACAUCCACUUCCCCGGGGUCUCCCCUAACUUGAUUACCCCCGAGGCGCUGCACGAACAAUUCACCGUCAACCCCCACUUACCCUUGAUCAGCAUUAAAUGUAAGCCUCAUCAUUAUGGCUCCAGCGUGGUCAUUGUAGGAGAUGCGGCACAUGCCGUGCUCCCCUUCUACGGCCAAGGUCUGAAUGCCGGCCUGGAGGACAUUCGAAUCCUAUUCGAAUUUCUCGACCAUCACGGCGCAUAUGAUCCAGAUGCAACCCUCAAGUCUCGUAACCGAUCCCGCCAAGCUGCCUUCCAGGCAUACACGGACCAGCGCUCUGCAGAUACCCACGCCAUCAACGAUCUCUCCAAACAGAAUUACAUAGAGAUGCGUUGGGGCGUCAAUUCGCCGCUGUAUAAACUGCGCAAGUCGAUUGAGGAGUCCCUGGAUCGCCAUACCCCCAGCUUGGGCUGGCAAACACAAUACUCCCGGGUCAGUUUCAGCAACCAGCGGUAUUCUGAUGUCAUCCAGGCCGUCCACAGACAGGGCAGAAUCUUGAGCUAUGGUCUCAUCACUGUACUUACCUCGACCGCAGCGGUUGUUGGGAUUUUAGCAUGGAAGGAUCCUGGUCGCUUCACACCAUUGACCAUGCUACGGAGCUCUCUGCAACGACUGGGACGGUUUAUAUUCCAGAAUACUGCGUCAUCAUAG